AUGCGUCUCGACCUGACGCCGCGGGCCUGCGAAGUCUGCCAACGCCGAGACGGCCUCCUCCGCUGUUCGGGCUGCCAGUCGGUUUACUACUGCGGCCGAGACCACCAGAGGGCGCGUGCUCGCUUGAAGCGCGAGGAGCAGAUGCUACGCGACAAUCCGGGCGACAUAAUCACUCCGGCCAAUGUCUUUGACUCCGGCGUCGGCCGUUUCUGGGGCAUCUUCGAGACCCGACCCUAUAUGCGCGCGCGUUUCGGGCUGGUGGAUAUACUUCUUCAGCACUUUGGCUCCGCCGGUGGCCGUGUCGAUGUUGUCCGGGCUGCUUUGGACCACCUCCUCGACAUGCUCCGGCUCUGUCGCUCGGAUAACAUGGGCCUUAGGGACCUGAUCCCGGCGCUAUACAUCCGUCUCGGCAGGGACCAGGCGGCCUAUGACUUCGUCAAGUGGUAUGCAACCACCGGGCAGGACUCUUAUUAUAAUUGGGGUGACGUGGAUCUGCCGUUCCUCGACGUCAAGGAUGCCGAUGUGCUUGAGCCGUCCCAAGGGCUAUGGUUGGAAAAGUCUUGCCUCGACUUGAGCCACGCCGUUACCGUGGCGUUGCUCAAGGUGCGGGUCCUGUUGGAUCUGCAGGCGGUUCAGAACGCCGCCAGGAUGCUCCGUGGAACCGUCCCGCCGGAAAUCAUUGAUCUCAUCCGCGCUCGGCUUGUCGGCAGCGUCGUCGAGGCGCGUCCCGAGAUUCUCAGGAGCACCGCAGAGGAGAUUGCGCCUCUGGUCCAGGAGAUCAAGCGUCAAGAAGAGGCUUGCUUGAUGCUGGGCUAUACCUUUGCUGCGUGGGCUGAGACGCCUGGGGCGAUUGAUGUCGUCAGGAGCCUGAGCAAGGCGCCAUGA